GCCCCGCUCGCCCCGGCUGCGCCAGGCCGCUUCUCCUCAGCUCCCCGCGGGCGACGGCGCCCUAACUUCUACACUGGGACGGCGGAGUCGCACGCGGGCUGUCUCCGACCGACGGCUGUGGCUGCGGCCGGCCCUCGAAGGCUCCUCUGUCGCUCCCCGGCGCCCCGGGCCGGGCGGCCACGAGGCCCCGCCGAGUCCCCGGGUGCUCGCCGGCCCGGAGGGAGGCUGCAGCCAUGUCGCGAGGGCCGGAGGAGGUGAACCGGCUCACGGAGAGCACCUACCGGAAUGUUAUGGAGCAGUUCAAUCCUGGACUACGAAAUUUAAUCAACCUAGGAAAAAAUUAUGAAAAAGCUGUCAAUGCUAUGAUCCUGGCUGGAAAAGCCUACUACGAUGGAGUGGCCAAGAUCGGGGACAUGGCCACCGGGUCCCCUGUGUCGACUGAGCUGGGCCAUGUCCUCAUCGAGAUUGCUAGCACCCACAAGAAGCUCAACGAGAGCCUCGAGGAGAACUUCAGAAAGUUCCAUAAGGAGAUCAUCCAUGAGCUGGAGAGGAAGACAGAGCUGGACGUCAAAUACAUGAACGCCACACUCAAGCGAUACCAAACAGAACACAGGAGCAAGUUGGAUUCCCUGGAGAAGUCUCAGGCUGAGCUGAAGAAGAUCCGGAGGAAAAGUCAAGGGGGCCGCAAUGCUCUAAAAUACGAACACAAAGAAAUCGAGUAUGUGGAGACAGUCACCUCCCGCCAGAGUGACAUCCAGAAGUUCAUCGCCGAUGGCUGCAAAGAAGCCCUACUGGAGGAGAAGCGGCGCUUCUGCUUCCUGGUGGACAAGCACUGUGGCUUCACAGACCACAUCCACCACUACCAUGUGAAGUCUGCAGAAUUACUGAAUUCCAAGCUGCCCAGGUGGCAGGAAACCUGCUUCGAUGCCACCAAAGUGCCAGAGAAAGUCAUGCACAUGAUCGAAGAGAUAAGGACCCCAAUUUCCACACCCGCAUCCAUGACGCCUCAGCCGUCACCCAUGAUCGAGAGAAACAGCAUGGUUGGGAAGGACUAUGACACGAUUUCUAAAUAUUCACUAAAGAUGCCCCCUGCUCCCUCAGCCAAGGCCUACGCCAGCCCUCUGAUUGAUAUGUUCAAUAAUCCAGUCACAGGGGUGCAGACUUCAGAAAAGAUAAAUCACUCAAAAGGCCACACCCCUGUAACAGACUCGCCCGAGGACCCCAGCUUACAGAGGUCGAUUUCCGUCGCCACUGGCCUAAACCUGAUGAAGAGGCAAAAGGUGAAGACCAUCUUCCCUCACACGGCUGGCGCCAACAAGACCCUGCUGAGCUUUGCGCAGGGGGACAUCAUCACGCUGCUCGUCCCGGAGGAGAAGGAUGGCUGGCUCUAUGGGGAGCACGACACCACCAGAGCGAGAGGGUGGUUCCCGUCCUCGUACACCAAGCUGCUGGAGGAUAGCGCCACAGAAGCCACCCCUGUGCCUACACCCAGCCCGGCCCCGGUGAGGAGCGUCAGCACGGUGGACCUGACUGAGAAGGGCAGUGUGGCCAUCCCGCCUCCUGACUACCUGCAGUGCCAGCCUGCACCCGACCCCGCCAAGAACACAUCUACCUUUCGAGCGCAGGCCAGACCGAACAGCGCCAUGCCUAGUGAUGCAAAUGGGACUGCCAAGCCGCCUUUCCUCAGUGGAGAGAACCCCUUCGCUACUGUGAAGCUCCGGCCAACCGUGACAAAUGAUCGCUCAGCACCCCUCAUUCGCUGACACUCACCUGAGGACACAGAGCGCUGGCACCGCCGCUCCACCAGGGGGCGCCUGCUUCCCCACCAACCAAUGCAUUUUCUCCAUUUUACCUGGCUGGGUUUACACAUUUCUGUCUUUUAAGAUGAAUGAAUGAAUCAUAGUUUAGUCUCCAGCUCAAUCAAUUAGAAUGUUUCCUAUUAUUGUAUUCCAAAAAGUGGAAAAUUUAGUUCCAAUUCUUACUGUAGCUUUUUGUAUUUUAGUUAACAGCCAGAAUAAAGGACAUACAUGUGCUUUGCAAGGGGCUCUCUGGGAGCCUGUGUGUGGAGACUGGGGGUUUGCUUCAUAAAGCAGGAGCUAUUAGCUCACAUUGGGGUGUUUAAAGAAAAUAUUGUUUGUAAGCAUGCAGAUCAUUACUUUAAGCAAUAUAAAUUAUGAGACAUGAUAUUAAAUGUGAAAUUUUUUAACUUACAAGUUUUCAGCUUUUGAUUUAACACUAGCUGGACUCUGACCUGCUAUGGGAGAAGGGGU